GGGAGUAAUUGUCUUCCCUUUUCAGGAAGGGGGAAAUCAGACCACUUGCAUGCCUGGGUUCCGUGUGUCACCAUAAAGAAAUUGGUGGGAUUAUCUGAUAAUAUCAGGUCCGGCCAGCUGUUGCCUGGAGAAGGAAAUGGCCGCCGAGCAGCGUGAUGUGCUGCCUUUAGGUCUCCAGAUGGGAGCUGGGGUGCAGCCAGGGGUGAAAAUGGAGACUCUAGACUCAGUGACCCUUGAAGGGGGAAUUGGAAAAGGCCUUCAUGCUGUGCACCCUGGGAACAUUGGGCGAUUCUGGGAAAGAAAUGCACCAGACCCCGUAAAACGGGAGACUGCAAAGCCCUGGGAAGCCCAGCUGCAAGAAUUCCUGAAGGCAAUGGAGACCUCUCAGUCAGAGGGGAGGAAUCCACACCAGCUGGGGCUGAUAGUACGAGAGGCUCGGACCGUUCUGUCCCCUUUUGCUGAAACGUCUGACACCAGACAACGCUCGAGAGGACAGAUCCUGACCCAAAAGCUUCUGGGUCUCAGCAGAGGAACCCAGAUUGGGGACAACAGCCAAGAAGACUGUGGGAAAGUGAAAGAAGAAAUCCUGGAGGAUGACACCAUCAGUGCAGAAGCACAAUGCCAGCGCUUUCGGACAUACCGCUACCAGGAGGCUGAAGGCCCACGAGAGGCUUGCGGGCGCCUCUGGGAACUUGGUCAUCGGUGGCUGAAGCCAGAACGACACACAAAAGAGAGAAUCUUGGAGCUAGUGAUUCUGGAGCAAUUCUUGACCGUCCUGCCCUUGAAAAUGCAGAAGACUGUUAGGAAAGGCGGGCCGGAGACCUGUGCCCAAGCGGUGGCUCUGGCCGAGGAUUUCCUGCGGAGAUGUCCGCCUGAAGAGAGGCAGGAAGAGCAGGUGUCGAGGCCAUUCAAGGAUGGGGUGGCUGGUGUUCCUGAGGUGGAAGGGGCCCCUUCAAACCCCUGGCAGUGUCCGCUCUUCAGAGAAAUAAAAAAGGAAGGUGACAGAGACACCACCUCUCUGGUGGGAGAUGGGCAGGCGCAGAAUCAACCCCCAAAUCUGCAGAAACUGGAACCACGGUGGGUGUUUUCAAGACGAGCCGGACAAAGCAUUCCCUGGUCCGAUCGAGGAGACAUUUCUGCAAACCGAGAGGAAACGUACCCCGAGAAGGAGGGGGACAAGUUCAUUAAUUCUCAGGGCAGGUACGUGGAACUCGACGGCAAUGUGGUCCAGCUAACGAUCCCUCUGGGAGAGGGGCAGAAGAUGGGGAACGAGAGGGAGAAGGCGUGCGCUCACUGCGGGAAGGACUUCCAGCUGAAAUGCAACCUUCAAGCCCACGAGAGGACCCACACGGGAGAGAAACCAUACAAGUGCUCUGUUUGCGGGAAGGGUUUCAGCACGAGAGCCUAUCUGGUCACUCACGAGAGGAUCCACACGGGGGAGAAGCCCUACCAGUGCUCUGACUGCGGGAAGAGCUUCUGUGACAACUCCAACCUGAUUGUGCACAAGAGGACUCACACGGGGGAGAGGCCGUACAAAUGCACUGACUGUGGGAAAAGCUUCCGGGAACGGCCGGUCCUCAUCAGGCACCAGAGGAUCCACACGGGCGAGAAGCCAUACAAGUGCAGGGACUGCGGGAAGAGCUUUAGCCAGAGCUCAGGCCUCCUGGUGCACGAGAGGACUCACACGCGAGAGAAACCAUACACGUGCACCGACUGCGGGAAGAGCUUCGGGGGCAAUUCGAACCUGCGGGUGCACAUGAGAAUCCACACGGGAGAGAAGCCCUACAAAUGCUUGGACUGCGGGAAGAUCUUCAGAGACCGGUCACUUCUGCUUCGGCACCAGACCACCCACCAAGAAGGAAAGAGCUAAACACAGAUUGUGGCGUUGUCCAGAUGGGUAGGGUCCUUCGGCACUACUUAGAAACCUGAGAACACCUGGAAAUGGGAACUUCAACCCCUUGGAUGGUUGAGACCCCACCCAGAUGACCAGUCGGAUAAAAAAAAAGGACAAAUUAUUGCAUGUACAAAUUUGCUUGCUCCUUCCUGAUUCCAGUGGCAUUUGGAGUGGGUGGGUAGGGAUGCGUCUAGUACCAUCCAAGGAAUGUGUUUAUUUAUGCUUGCACAAUGUAGGCGGUAGGAUAUAAACCUUUAGUCCAUAUAUAUAU